AAACUAUGCCCCAGACACCAAUAUUUUCCAGCAUGCUUGGUUCCAGUUGUAGUGGACAAGUGCAGCCAGAUAUGGGAGAGAGAUGUGUGGACCCUGUUUAUCAGGAUGGGAACCUUGUUUCUGGAUCACUAGAGGCCUUGAUAGAGCGCCUGGUGCCCACCAUGGACUAUUAUCCAGAUAGGACUUAUAUCUUCACUUUCCUACUGAGCUCACGAGUCUUCAUUCACCCACACGAGCUCCUGGCUAAAGUGGGGCAGAUCUGCAUUAAACAGAAGCAGCAGCUAGAAACGGGGACUGAGGCAGAAAAGGCAAAGCUAAAAUCCUUUGCUGCCAAAAUCAUUCAGCUCCUGAAGGAAUGGACCGAAACUUUCCCCUAUGAUUUCCAAGAUGAAAAAUCCAUGAAAGAGUUGAAGGAGAUCGCUCACAGGAUUACACAAUACAAUGAGGAAAAUGGAACAGUGAAAAAGAUCAUUAGCCAGAUGACACAGAAUCUCCUGAUGGCCCUCUCUGCACGGAGCCAGUACCAGGAAAUCAGAGAGAAAUUCCGGCAACCUGCUACCGACAAAGGCACCAUCCUCAAAACCAAGUCACAGUCAACUCAAAAGGACAUCCUGAGUGUGUGCUGUGACCCUCUGAUCUUGGCACAGCAGCUGACCUAUAUCGAACUGGAGAGGGUGAGCAACAUUUACCCAGAGGAUCUGAUGCAGAUUGUCAGCCACAUGGACUCCCUGGAUAAUCACAAGUGCCGAGGCGAUGUGACCAAAACAUAUAAUUUGGAGGCCUACGACAAUUGGUUCAAUUGUCUCAGCAUGCUGGUGGCUACAGAGAUUUGUCGGGUUGUAAAGAAAAAGCAGCGUACAAGAAUGGUGGAAUUUUUCAUUGACGUGGCAAGAGAAUGCUUCAACAUUGGAAACUUUAACUCAAUGAUGGCUAUUAUCUCUGGCAUGAACCUGAGUCCUGUGGCACGCCUAAAGAAAACUUGGUCCAAGGUCAAAACAGCCAAAUUUGAUGUUUUAGAGCAUCACAUGGAUCCAUCCAGCAACUUUUGUAAUUACCGCACAGCCCUGCAAGGAGCAGCACAGCGAUCUCAGACUGCCAACAGCAAUCGGGAGAAAAUAGUCAUCCCAGUUUUCAACCUGUUUAUUAAAGACAUCUACUUUCUGCACAAAAUACACACGAACCGCUUGCCCAAUGGGCAGAUAAACUUCAAGAAAUUCUGGGAAAUUUCAAGACAGAUUCACGAUUUUCUGACAUGGAAGCAGGUUGAGUGCCCCUUUGAAAAAGACAAGAAGAUCCAGAGCUAUCUACUCACAGCACCUAUUUAUAGUGAAGAAGCUCUGUUCAUUGCAUCCUUUGAAAGUGAAGGUCCAGAAAACCACAUGGAAAAAGACAGCUGGAAAACACUCAGGACAACUCUGCUUAACAGAGCCUGAGAUUUUUGGAUCUGAUCUGCAGACUUUGAAGCACAUCGAAUGAAUGUGUUUUUACAACCCGAAAGACUUGGACUGAGCUAAGAAAGGCCUCACUGGCUGAGGUCUCUUUUGUAUAUACAGUAACUUUUAUGAAAUAAAAUGUGGUAAAUAUUUCACAUGUCAACCUUAAGGCACUUAAGUGAAGGGUUUUGGUUUUUUAUUUUAAAU